AUGACAGUCCACAAGGUCAUUGUCCAUGAAGAUUACAACAGGAAGUACCGCUUUGGAAGUAACAUCACCCUGCCACAACUGAAUGUCCCUGUGGAUUUCAACUCUCACAUCCUGUCAGCCUGCCUCCCAGACAACUCAGCAGUGGUGCCCAUGAAUAGCUCGUGCUGGAUAAGUGGCUGGGGGAGGCUCACUGAGGAUGUUUUCCUACCAGCGCCAUUCCACCUGCAGGAAGCCAAGGUCAGCCUCAUAGACCAAGACAGAUGUGAGAAGUUUUACAUUCCUCACCCAGCCAUACCGCCAGACCAGGCUGUGACUGUGCAGGAGGACAUGAUAUGUGCCGGAGACACCAAGGUUGAAAAGGGCAUCUGCCGAGAAGACUCUGGGGGACCCUUGUCCUGCUUCUUGAAUGGUGCCUGGCAUGUGGUUGGGUUGAGCAGCUGGAACUGGGAUUGCCGUAGUCCCAUUGGCUACAGCGUCUUCGUCAGGAUCACCUACUUUGCCAACUGGAUCAAGGAAAAGCAGCGGGUCAACCCUGCCCCCAACCCCUCCUCAGCUCCUCCUCAGGAGAAGCCCCCUGCCAUGACCAAUAACCCUAUUCCCGAAGUGGGCACUGUGUGCCAGCCCAGCUUCUUCCUGCUACUCCUCUUGUCUGCCACUGUGCAUCUGCAGCUUGUCCUCCAGAGCCUGUGA